CUCCCAGGGUUCUAGAAGCUUCGGGUAGAGCGGUGGCUGUUGUCUCGCCGUCGCCGGUGAUGGCGGUCCUCGCGAGGUCGUCGUCCUCCGCCGCGGCCGUCGCCCUGGUCGCGCUCGUGCUCGUGUCGGCCGUCGCCGGCGAGGUCUUCUUCCAGGAGAAGUUCGACGAUGGGUGGGAAGAUCGCUGGGUAAAAUCCGAGUGGAAGAAGGAGGACGGCACGGCCGGUGAAUGGAGCCACACCUCCGGCAACUGGAGCGGAGAUGCGCAAGACAAAGGCAUCCAGACCUCGGAGGACUACAGGUUCUACGCCAUCUCGGCGCAGUACCCGGAGUUCAGCAACAAGGACAAGACCCUGGUGCUGCAGUUCUCCGUCAAGCACGAGCAGAAGCUCGACUGCGGCGGCGGCUACGUCAAGCUGCUCGGCGGCGACGUUGACCAGAAGAAGUUCGGUGGCGAGACCCCCUACAGCAUCAUGUUUGGACCGGAUAUCUGCGGGUACAGCACCAAGAAGGUGCACGCCAUCCUCACCAAGUACGGCAAGAACAAUCUGAUCAAGAAGGAGGUGCCCUGCGAGACGGACCAGCUGACGCACGUGUACACCUUCGUCCUCCGCCCUGAUGCCACAUACAGCAUUCUCAUCGACAACGUAGAGAAGCAAACUGGCAGCGUCUAUGAUGACUGGGACAUUCUCCCUGCCAAGAAGAUUAGGGACCCUGAGGCUAAGAAGCCAGAAGACUGGGAGGACAACGAAUACAUUCCUGAUCCUGAGGACAAGAAGCCAGAGGGUUAUGAUGACAUUCCCAAGGAAGUAACUGAUCCUGAUGCGACCAAGCCUGAGGACUGGGAUGAGGAGGAAGAUGGUGAAUGGACAGCCCCAACCAUUCCAAACCCUGAGUAUAAGGGACCAUGGACGCAAAAGAAAAUUAAGAACCCAAACUUCAAAGGCAAGUGGAAGGCACCUUUGAUCGAUAACCCAGAGUUCAAGGAUGAUCCUUACAUCUACUCGUUUGACAGCCUGAAGCACAUUGGCAUUGAGCUGUGGCAGGUUAAAUCAGGAACUCUGUUCGACAACAUCCUGAUCACGGAUGACGCUGAGUACGCUAAGAAGUUGGCAGAGGAGACCUGGGGCAAGCACAAAGAUGCUGAGAAGGCUGCCUUUGACGAGGCUGAGAAGAAGAAGCUCGAGGAGGAAUCCGCGAACGCCACGGAUGAUGAAAAAGACGAUGCGUCAGAUGACGAGGAGGAUGAUGAUGAUGCAGACAUCGAUACUGGCAGCGACGUGGAGACCAAGGAUGACUCUGCUGUUAAGCCGCAGCAGGUGUCGACCGACGAGAAGGUGGAGGAAAUUAGCAAUGAUGCUUCCCAGAAGAAGGAUGAGCUUUAGAUAAUGCGGUGUUUGGAGAGUUAAUUAGUCAAAUUACCGAGAUUGUAUUCAAAUUUUCCUCUGGGAACAGCAGUAGAGAUUUCCCAUUCAUUAGAAGAACAUUAAUUCUGAAAGAAAGUAAGUUAUGCAAUCUUGGAUAUUGUAAUUUGUCUUUUACCCUCAUACGAGUGAAAUGAGAAAAUAGUGGCCCUUGAGCAA